AAGCAAUGCUAACCCUUCCCAUGAAGCCAACGUUACUUCGAAAAACUACCUAAAAAUAUCAAUACGAUCAAUGAUUCUAUAAACUCUAGAAUAUAAAGUAAGGAAUAUUGCUUGCUAUGCAAAAAGUUACUAGUGUUGGCCCAUGCUAUUGUUCCAUAACCUAUAAAAUUGUGUCAUUUAUCUUUGAUAUAUGUUGAUCCAUUGUUUAUAAAAAACUAGAUCUUUUAAUAAUAUUGAUACACACACACAUAUUAUUUCCUUAAAUGGAAUUUAUUAAAACAUCAAUGAGAAUUCUCUUAUGGCAAAGAAAUGUAAUGAGCAAACAAAUAAUGAAUAAACUAUGUACUAUAAAAGUAGCUCGAGAAUCGUUAUCCGAACAAAAAUUAUCGAGCCAAAGUAUACUAGAUAAUCAACAGAAAAAUGAAACAUUAUUAAACAUGACAGAAACUUUAUCUCCAUUGUUUGAAACUGAUAAUCCAUCGGAGAAUUUAUUUUUAAAUAUACGCAAUGAAAUGACUAAUAAACAUUUGAUACCAGAAAAAAGUGUCGACCUCAAAAUUUUGGAAGCAUGUAUAAAAAAUAAUAAAUUUGAAGCAGCCAAAUCUUACUUCGAAUAUUUAAAAAGCAAGAAUUAUCCUAUCAGUAAUUUUAUUCUAUUGAAAUAUCUGCAUGUAUUAAACUCAGGAGAAUUGCCAAUAUCGAAUUCCAUAGAGGAAGAUAUUAUAAAUAUAUGUAAUAAGAUACAGAAGGAUUAUGAAUGUUUACCUUCUUCGAUUUUACUAACUUGCGUUCAUGCUUUAUGUAUGACUAGUAAAUGGGAAAUGACAUUUGAUUUAAUUAAAGUUAAUGGUACAAUCGAAGAUGUUACUCCUGCCACGUUGUCACAUAUAGCAAUGGCAGCAUUUAAAAAUGGGAAAACAAAGAUUGGAUUUGAAUUUCUAGAACAACUAGCAAUUAAUAAUAAUAUUCAUGGGAGGAUUACUAUAUACAAUAUAUAUUUAGAUUAUUAUUUGCUAAAUGAAAAAAAAGAAUUGAACAAUGCGAUUCACAAAAUAUUUCAUUUUUGGAAGAAACAUGAUGUUGUACCAAUAACAUCUGUUAUCAAUAGAUUUGUAGAUGUUUGUAAGGAAGCAGGAUGGGAGGGACAUUAUGUUAGGAUUUCAAAUAAUGGCCAAUGCAGUCAUUGCCAAAAUUAUUUAUCAUCGAUUACUUUACAAAGUAAUUUUAACAAACUAUCUAAAACUAUAAUUAAUGACAUAAUAAUAGGUGACGAUAUUUUUCAAAAGACCUCUCCAAAGGAAUUGAAUAAUUUUAAAAGUUUUAUUAGAAAAUUCAAACCAUUUGACAUUGUGAUAGAUGGUCUUAAUGUAACAUUAGGCAAGACUCAAAUCCUGGAUCUUCUAAUAACAAAAUUUACUGUAGAGGGUAAAAAAGUUCUGAUCAUUACACGACAACAUCAAUAUAAAUCGAACAAAUGGAUAUUUAAUCAGGAUAACUUCUAUGUUUACUUUCUUAAAAAUAACACGCAGGAUGAUCCUUUUAUCUUAUAUGCAACAUUAUCUAGUGGAAAUAAUUCGAAGUUUGUUUCUAUCGAUCAAAUGCGACAACAUCAUCAUAAACUCAAAAAAUUUAAUUUACAAAAAGAAUUUAUACGGUGGCAAUUUAGUCAUCAAUAUACUUGGUAUUUUGACAAUGUAACUAAAAAGCUUAUUGUGGUAGAGCCUAUAUUGUAUAAUUCUUUUGCGCAAGUUAAAAAUGGUCAUUGGCACAUACCUUAUAAAGAUUCGAUGAAAGCGUUACACAAGCCUGCUGAAACAUGGGCCUGCUUACAUUGUCCUAAUGAAUGAUUAAUAAUAAAUAUAUUCGUUUCAGUGAUUAA